ACCCACAGGAAGAGCUCAGGACGCGGCCGAAGGAGAUCCUCGAAGAUGAAGGGCGACUCCCAGAGCCUCGCGCCCCCCGGAGAAGGAGGAGGGUCCCGGGCGGGCUCGCCAGACCCGUCGGGAAGGAGGUCACCCUCGAGUGGCAGGACGUCCCCCUCCAACCUCGAUGAGAAGGCCAAGUCUAUUAUCAACCAAACGUCCGACACUGACAAGGUGAUGGAACAGUACGUAGGACAAGACGGAGAAGAAGGCAAAGGCAAAGCUGGCAAUAACGGAGGAGGUGGAGGUAGCAACGGAGGUGGAGGGAGCGGGGGCAGCGACCUGGGCGCCCCCUCCGCUCCCCACCCGCGACCCAAGGCGCCGGUGGAGGACAGGGCGCUCCAGGCCAUCCUCGCCGCCCGCCGCAGGAGCCUCGAGAAUGCUGGCAAACCCGAACCGGUUGGUGGAGGCGUGGAUGGGUGGAGGACUUACUGAGUAUCUGCGUGGAUGAGUGGAGGACUUAUGGAGUGCCUGGGUGAAGGCAUGGAGGAGUGGAGGACCUACUGAGUGUCUGGG